UUUACUCGCAACAAUGAAUGUUGUGAUUUUUGUUUUUCAUCUAGUCACCCUAACAGGCACGGCCUGGGGCUCCUUGGAAGAAACACUUCUAUUUAAAACCCUUUUCACUGGUUACAAUAAGGUUGUCCGUCCUGUCAGUCAUUUCAAGGACAAAGUGAACGUUACUGUGGGUCUUCAGCUCAUUCAGCUCAUCAGUGUGGAUGAGGUUAACCAGAUUGUCACCAGCAAUGUGCGACUGAAACAGAAAUGGAAAGAUGUGAACUUGCAGUGGAACCCAGAGGAUUAUGGUGGCAUCAAAAAGAUCAGAGUACCUUCCAGGGACAUUUGGCGUCCUGAUCUGGUUCUUUACAACAAUGCCGACGGUGACUUUGCCAUUGUUCAUGAGACCAAAGUGCUGCUGGAGUACACUGGGAUGAUCACAUGGAACCCACCCGCCAUCUUCAAAAGCUACUGUGAAAUUAUUGUGUUGCAUUUCCCCUUCGACCUCCAGAACUGCAGCAUGAAGCUGGGUACCUGGACCUACGAUGGGAACUUGGUCGUCAUCAAUCCCGACAGUGACCGCCCAGAUCUGAGCCACUUUAUGGAAAGCGGAGAAUGGGUGAUGAAGGAUUUCCGUGGCUGGAAGCACUGGGUGUACUACGCCUGCUGCCAAGACACCCCCUACCUGGACAUCACCUACCAUUUCCUCAUGCUGCGGCUUCCUCUGUACUUCAUUGUUAAUGUCAUCAUCCCGUGCAUGCUCUUUUCCUUCCUCACUGGCCUUGUCUUUUAUCUUCCCACGGAUUCUGGUGAGAAGAUGACCCUCAGCAUCUCUGUCCUGUUGUCUCUGACUGUGUUCCUGCUGGUCAUUGUGGAACUGAUCCCAUCUACCUCUAGCGCUGUACCACUCAUUGGGAAGUACAUGCUCUUCACCAUGGUGUUUGUCAUUGCAUCCAUCAUCAUCACUGUCAUUGUUAUCAACACCCACCACCGCUCCCCGAGCACUCACACAAUGCCACACUGGGUCCGCAAGGUUUUUAUCGAAACCAUUCCCAACAUCAUGUUCUUCUCAACAAUGAAACGCCCGGGAAAGGAAAAGCAGAUAAAAACCAUCUAUGGAGCUGAUUUUGAUAUCUCAGAUAUCUCUGGAAACCAGGCCUCUGCUGUUCCCUACUACUCACCCAUCACAAAGAAUCCUGAUGUGCGCAGUGCCAUUGAUGGGGUCAAAUACAUCGCAGAAACCAUGAAAUCAGAUGAGGAAUCCAGCAGUGCUGCUGAAGAGUGGAAGUUUGUGGCCAUGGUGUUGGAUCACAUUCUGCUUUGUGUCUUUAUGGCUGUGUGUCUAAUUGGCACAUUAGCGGUGUUCGCAGGCCGCCUCAUUGAGCUGAGUAUGCUUUAA